AUGCGUGUCAACGGAAAGGAGACCAGACGACAUCGUCUACCGCAACACAACAGCUGGGGUCCAGGGUUGAGGAGAAAUGAUAGUUUUAUUGGUAGAAGACAACAAAGUGACGAAAGUUACGGUUUUGAUUGGGAAGACGAAAGAUCAUCAUCCAACGAAUCGGAUGAUUCUGAGGAAGAGAAACUCGACCCAUUUCCGGUGUGCGAUAACCCGGAAACUGUUGUUAACGAUGAAUCGGAUAAUCCCAUUUCGGCCAGUGAAUUAUCUCAAGAGAUGCAAAAGGAAAGGAUGGAAUGGCAGAGUUUUUUGGCUUCGGUUCUUACCGGUGAGGUCAUCAAGUCGGAGAAGCGUCGCCUGUCGGGUUCUUCACGACAGGCCUCUGAUACCAGUUUCAGCAUAUGGCUCGGGGUUCGAGCGGCUGUGCGUGGCCGCCUUACACAAAAUCCUAUGGAAGAAAAAUUGAUAGUGGAUGAGAGACGGCAACAGAUCGACAAGGUCUUGGAGGAGGUAAUCCACUUCGAGGUCGGGGAAGAUAUAACCGCGAUUGAUCAGGUCGCCGAACUGCUUCAGAAGGUGGAUGUUUGCGAGAGUUUGUAUCCCUCUCGCAAGGCGAUGAUGGAAGACAAACCGUUGUACGGAUUCGAUAGUUUUACAUAUAGUCUGGACGCUUUAAACUCAUGGCUAACGGUGACCCGCAGUUUACAAACACAGUUAAAGAUUUUGCAAAAUUGGACAGGUAGUGAAGAUUUAAUUAUUACUCGAUCAAAAGAUGCACCUGCUGACGCAGAGCCUUCUUUCCUUGAACGCAUAUUGAAGGAGAAUAGUUUAAAAAAGACAUUUGAGAAACGAACUUUAUCCACACUAAAUUCACUCUUGCUCAAAGCAAAGGACGUUAUGAUUAAGAAUGCUGAUGCAUUCGAAAAGAUGAAACUGCCUUCCUAUAUAAAUGAAUUGCAAUUGCUUCUGAAUUUUCCUACAAAACUCAUGGAAGAAUGCAUGAAGCUUUUGCUUGAAUACGAAAAUGUUUUGAAUGAUCCGACAAUGUUGAUGAUUCAGCAAAUGAUGGACGAUUUUCGAAUCUCUCUUCCUCUGGCCUGUAAAAUUAAACAUCAAUAUUUAGAGCUCAUCAAACCUGCCAGAGGGUGGGAGAUUCCUCCAUGCAUCGACGAGAGUUACAAUACCGUAUUACUGCAGUCUCUAAAAUUCUAUUUCAGCCUAUUACAAUUAAAAAUCAAGCACAGCUAUAAAAACAAGACUGUCUUCUUCAAAGAGGCCGAGAUUUUAGAAAAUGAGUGGUCCUUUCUGAGUGAAAUCUGUCAUCAUAUUGCGGGUGGGGAUCGCGAAACCGCCGAACAAUUUUGUAUCCUCACGAAUUUGUUACUCCAGAGUGUCACGACAUACUUUGGAUCAGAAUUGGACAACGUUCCCACGAACGUCGAUGCCUCUAAUCUGUCAAAAAUCUAUAACAGGAUUUUGGAUAGCGUGAGGCUGAGGUCUCUCUUUGGCGAGCUAGAAAAUGCCGCAGAAUAUUUCAUCGACGAUGCAAAUUAUCCCGCAUUCAUUGAAGGAUUAGAGCGCACCAGUCAUGUGCUGGUGUGUUCUAACACCUUCGAUGAAGAUGGUGUAUACCUUAUAGUCGAACCGUCACUUUAUGGGCGCCAUGAUCAAAUACAAAGGUUGCUCGAGGCCGUUUUCACGCCAGACGACGAAAUGUCGGAUGAUUUUGGUGACGAGCUACGGGAACUCCAGUAUGUUCUUUUGUUAUCACCAAGGGUGCCCUUUCAGUGGAAUGGUUCCAUCAUGGAAAUGCCAAUGGAACAAAUUAACAUUGAUCUCAAAGCCCACCGAACUAGGUUGGUCGCAGAUGGCUCUUUUAGACUAACGGAAUGCAAAAAGCAAUUCCGUAAGGCUGUCGAGAAUUGUAGAAUCAAGGUGUUACUAGAGACGCGUGCUAACGUCCCUAGCGUGUACCGGGAAAUCACCAAGAUCAAAAAGACCAUAUUUAAAUUCAUAAACAAAAUAAUUGAUAGCGUUAACACAAUACGUGAAAGGACCAGGAACAUAGAGUGCCAGGAUUUGAUUGAAAAUUGCUUUAGCUUUGCCACCGAAUUGGGCCAACGGUCCCUCCGAUACCUUCACCGAGAUGCUGUGCGAGCACAGUUGAACGUCAAAUUAACUCGACUGUCCAUUGACUGGGUCAGCUUUAUAUGUGACGAUUGUGUUCCUUCCGAUCGCAAGACUUUCCGAUGGGCCGUGAUGGCUUUAGAAUUUGCUAUGAUGACUAAUCGCGGUAGUAAUAUUUUGGGUCUGACGGAGAGUGAAUUCGCGAUGUUACGUAUUAAGGUUUCCCUAUGUAUGAGGUUACUCAUUUCGCACGUGGACAUUAUGGGUGCACGUUCGUCUUAUGAAGCCUUGGAACGACAGCAGCAGGCAACUACCGGUCAGUUUGGACAAUCAAUUGCCCAACAACUGAGCCAAAAUUCAAAUCAUCAUAGCGAAGAUUCCUCGGUCGACCGAGACGAAUGGAUAGCCGCUGUAAAUGAGCUGGAGGCCAGACGAGCGCAAAAAGAACAAGAUCAGCGUCUCGUCGGCAAAGUGCUUGAUGACGAUCAGCCUGAAAUUCGACCUCUUGUUUUUCUGGCGUCCUCUAGUUCAAACAUCUCACUUCGAUGGCAACAAGGAAAAUUUAUUGGGGGCGGUACUUUCGGUUCUGUAUAUUUGGCCGUCAAUUUGGAUACCGGAGGUCUUAUGGCCGUUAAGGAAAUACGAUUCCAGGAUCCCUCUUCACUUAGCACACUGAUUAAAUCGGUCAAGGAAGAAAUGUCUGUAAUGGAAAUGCUCGACCAUCCUAAUAUCGUCUCGUAUUAUGGUAUCGAGGUCCAUAGAGACAGGGUCUUCAUAUUUAUGGAAUAUUGUCCGGGUGGUUCCUUGUCCUCUCAACUCGAACUCGGACGUAUCGAGGACGAAACUGUAAUACAAUAUUACGUUUUUCAAAUGUUGCAAGGGAUAAUUUAUCUGCAUGAAAACAAUAUAGUUCAUAGGGACAUAAAACCGGACAACAUAUUAUUAGAUCAUCAGGGAGUUAUUAAAUUUGUGGACUUUGGAGCCGCAAAAGUUCUCGCAAAGAAUCAAAAGACGAUGGGAAGAACUACGAUGGCCCCCAAAACCAACGUUAACAGUUUAACCGGUACUCCGAUGUACAUGGCGCCAGAAGUUAUAACCGGAACCGAAAAAGACAAUGAAUGGGCUGUUAUGUAUCACGUGGUGACGGGUCAUCCACCACUACCUGACCCUUCGCAAUUGUCAGAAUUGGGGAUGGAUUUUUUGAAACAAUGCUUUAUACGGUCUCCUCAGCAGCGUCCCUCUGCCAAAGAGCUGCUUCAACAUCCUUGGAUUGCGAACAUUCAAGAGUCUGCUAUGGGUGCUUCUGAUUGGAAUGGGAGCGGUUUCCCAAGUAAUAGUGGAAAUAGUACGAUGACCACAAAUACUGCCACAACUGAUAAUGGCAGCACACCUGCAACUCCUUUCAAUAAUUGUCCUAAUACUCAUUUGGCAUCUUCACCGAAGGUUAAUGGGUCUUCGUCAACCGUAUUUGAUGUUUCUGUCGAGUCUGAAGAUAUCAGAAGUGUUGACGAUACAAAUAACGAUAAUACUACUCUUCAAGGCUAUUAUGACCAUGCUACUACUCCCGGCAGUGCUGCGAGCGAUAGCUGGAGUUUUCUUGGUGGAACCAACAACGAUGAAAAUGGAUUUUAA